CAUAACGAUAAAAUAAAGAAAUUUUCUGUUUAUAUACAUUUUUUCUUUAUCUAAUACAAUUUACAUAUACUUUUUGUAAAGCCAAAAUUUUGCCAAUAAACUUUUAAAUAAAUCCUGUAAUGUACAUAAAAUAAUUGUUGUUAAGUAUAACGGUGUUGCAUUGAUUUGGACGUUUCAAUUGAAUGUUUUUGUUGGUGUGCUGCAAAAGUGUCGCAUUGGAAUAAAUCUAAUAAGAAAAACUUAAAGUAUUUGUGUAAUUUUAAUGAAAAUAUAGUAUUAUUGAUAAAAAGGAAAACGCCUUGGAGUUUUGGGUGUUUUACCUAACAUUUGAUCGUCUCCCCCACUAAAUAGUAUUCGGUUGAAAGAAUGUCUAGUGAGGAGUUACUUUAUGCAAAGGGAUCUAAAGUAUGGCUACCGAAUGUUAAUACGGUAUGGGAAAGUGCCGUACUCAACGAGAACUAUCAAAAGGGGAAUACUGCAUUAAAGGUUCAGCUUGAAAGUGGUAAAGAACUUGAGGUAAAAGUUAAGGCGGAUGGUAGUAAUUUGCCGCCUCUUCGCAAUCCAGCAAUAUUAAUUGGACAAAAUGAUUUGACAUCAUUGUCGUACCUACAUGAACCUGGAGUAUUACAUAAUUUAAGAGUACGCUUCUGUGAGCGUCAAACCAUAUACACAUAUUGUGGCAUUGUAUUGGUAGCCAUAAAUCCAUAUGCCGACUUGCCACUUUAUGGCUCCAGCAUCAUUAGAGCGUAUCGCGGUAGAUCAAUUGGAGAAUUGGAACCCCAUAUAUUUGCAUUAUCCGAGGAAGCCUACACAAAAUUGGAAAGAGAGAAGUGCAAUUUAAGUAUUAUAGUUAGCGGUGAAUCUGGCGCUGGAAAGACAGUAUCUGCUAAAUAUGCGAUGCGUUAUUUUGCCGCUGUUGGCGGUUCUGAAUCGGAGACACAAGUUGAACGUAAAGUGUUGGCAUCGUCCCCUAUUAUGGAGGCAUUUGGUAAUGCUAAAACCACAAGAAACGAUAAUAGUUCCCGUUUUGGAAAAUUUACAAAGUUAUUAUUCAAAAACAAUAUGAGUGUUAUGAAUUUGACCGGAGCCACAAUGCAUACGUAUCUUUUGGAAAAAUCUCGAGUGGUGUUCCAGGCUUCAGGCGAACGGAACUAUCAUAUAUUCUAUCAGCUUUGUUCCGCUAGAAAGGAUCAUCCGCAAUUAAUUUUAGAUCAUCAGGACAAAUUCGAGUUUUUAAACAUGGGCAAAUCGCCAGAUAUAGAUAGAGUCUCCGAUAAGGAUCAAUUUAAAGAAACUAUACAGGCAAUGCUCAUUUUGGGAUUCGAUAAUAGACAAAUUUCAGAUAUUUUAAAUAUUCUCGCUGGUAUUCUUCAUUUGGGUAAUUUAAAAUUCUCCCAUAAAUAUAAACCGAAUUCGGAAGAAAUAGAUCCGGAUGGGUGUCAAAUUGAUCAAGAGGAUUUGCAUUUACGUGUUAUGGGAGAUUUGCUAAAAAUAAAGUCGGAUGAAUUGCGAAAAUGGCUAAAAACUCGACAAAUUGAAUCCGUAAAUGAACUGGUUUUGAUACCAAACAGUCUGGAAGCAGCAAUGGCAGCUAGAGACGCCUUAGCCAAACAUAUUUACGCUAAACUCUUUCAAUAUAUAGUCAGCGUUCUCAACAAGGGACUAAACAAUGAUCGUAAACACAGUUGUUUUAUUGGCGUUCUCGAUAUUUAUGGUUUUGAAACGUUUGAUGUUAAUUCUUUCGAGCAGUUCUGCAUCAAUUACGCCAACGAAAAACUUCAGCAGCAAUUCAAUCAACACGUUUUCAAGCUUGAACAGGAAGAGUAUCUUAAAGAGGGUAUAGCCUGGACGAUGAUCGACUUUUAUGAUAAUCAACCUUGCAUAGAUUUGAUUGAAUCUAAAUUGGGUGUUUUAGACUUGCUAGAUGAAGAGUGUAGAAUGCCUAGAGGUUCAGAUGAAAGUUGGGCUCGAAAAUUAGUUGAAAAAUGCAAAAAAUUUCCACAUUUUGAGAAACCGCGCUUUGGCAACACAAGUUUCUUUAUCAAACAUUUCUCUGAUACGGUGGAGUAUGAUGUGAACGGGUUCUUGGAGAAAAACCGUGAUACCGUUUCAAAAGAAUUGGUCAAUGUUAUGCGCCAAUCGAAAAUGUCAUUGUGUAAGCAAUUAAUGGAAAUGGAGGAAAUCGAUACUCUAAGUACUGAUGCUGCUAAAACACAUACACUAGGCGGACGAGUAGUUAUAAGUGCUGCAAAAAAACAGGGUACCACAGUAGCUCAAGAGACUCGUCGCAGAGUCGCGCCUUCAAAACAACAUCGGCGUUCGGUAGGAUCACAAUUUCGUGAGAGUUUAACAUCGUUAAUAAAUACACUCCAUUCGACUACACCUCAUUAUGUUCGUUGCAUUAAGCCCAACGAAGAUAAAAUUUCUUUUAAGUGGGAUGCACCGAAAAUUGUGCAACAAUUGCGUGCUUGCGGUGUUUUGGAAACUGUACGGAUUUCUGCAGCUGGGUUUCCUUCGCGUUGGUUGUACCUUGACUUCUAUAUGCGUUAUCAGUUACUGUGUCAUCGUUCUCUUGUUAAUAAGAAUGACUUGAAGCAAUCGUGUUACAAUAUUGUGGGCAAGUGGAUUACGGACGAGGAUAAAUAUCGUUUUGGCAAUACACAAAUAUUCUUUAGGGCCGGGCAGGUGGCAUAUUUGGAACAAAUUCGUGCCAACUUGAGAAAGAAAUACAUUACGAUAAUACAGAGUGUUGUACGGCGAUUUAUUUGUCGUAAGAGGUUUCUCCGUUUGCGGCGCACCGCAUUGGGUAUACAAUGUUUUGCUCGAGGUUACUUGGCACGCCAAAAGGCCCAAGAUAUACGAGAACAACGUGCCGCUAUUGUUAUAUCAAAAUAUGCCCGAGGCUGGGUGUGCCGAAGACGUUAUGUUCGCUUGAGACGUUCUAUUUGUGGCAUACAGCAGUACGCUCGCGGCAUGUUAGCGCGCAAACGAUUCCAGGAUGCGUUGGAUUAUUAUCGUGCUACACAAAUACAACGUUUUAUGCGCGGCUAUUUGGCUAGGAGGGAAUAUCAGAAACGGCGUAGACAAAUUAUUAUCUGCCAAUCGGCAGUACGGAGAUUCUUGGCAAGACGCCAGUUUAAACAACUCAAGGCAGAGGCAAAAACUAUAUCCCACAUUCAAAACAUGUACAAGGGCUUGGAAAAUAAAAUUAUUUCGAUGCAACAGCGCAUUGAUGAUUUGAAUAGAGAAAACGGAAAUCUCAAACACAAGAACAGUGAAAUUUCGGUACUCAAAAUGAAGCUUGAAAUGAAGAAAGCACUUGAGAAUGAAGUUAAGACUUUGAAAAUUGUGGUGGCGACAAAAGAUGAAAAGCUCUUGACCCUGAUAAAAGAACUGGAAGUGGAAAGGGAUGAGAAAAUGCAGCUGUUGGAAGAAAAUGCGAAUAAUCUAGACAAAUGGAAUAAACAAAAAGAAGUGUGGACGUCCGAAAAUACUGAAUUGCGCAAGCAAAUGGAUGAAAUGCUAGAGAGAGCUAAACAAUCCGAAAACGAAGAGACUAGUGCCAUUACUCAACGUGAACGAUUAAUUUCCGAAGCUGAAACGAAUGAAAUUCACGAUGCUUACCGGAAGGCUUUAAUGGAUAAGGAGAUAAUCGAAAACGAAAACUACCACCUCAAGGAGGAACUCAAACGUAUAUCACGACAGAUGGGCGGUGGAGAGUUUGCUUCACUGACACAUCGACGAUCCAACAGUAAUACAUCGAGUCACAACGAAGAUGAUGUUGGAUAUGGGUCAGCUAAAAAUACACUGGAACAUAAAACCAACUAUUCGCUCAGCACCUUUGACAAUAGCCGAACUUCUCCAGAGCCAUUCCGCAGUCUAGAUGUGACUUCAACUCCUCGAAGUGAUAACACCGUGAUUGUUAUCAAGUUGCGCAACUUGCUUGAAGAAGCGACAAAACACAACAGGACUCUAAGAACAAGAUUGGAUAAGGCUAUAAGUCAGAACCGUCCGACAGAAGAUUCCUUAAGAGUCUCUGAACUAGAGGUGGAGAAUGAAAAACUUCGCCACGACUACCACUUGCUCAGACAGAGCAUACGCAAUGGGGCUGAAAUGCAUGAGCUGGAAGCUCAACACAAUGCCCUGGAAGAAGAACUCAAGAGACGCAGAGAGGAGUGUAUACAAUUGAAAACUGUCUUGCAACAGCAAACACAAUCGCUGAAAUCACUAGGCAAUGAGAGUAUGUCUCUACGAAGUGCCGACCAAAGCAUUAUUCAAGAUAACGAACUAAACGAUGCCUAUCAAGCUCAAAAGUUGGUGAACAAGCAAUUAGAGUGUGAGUUAAAAGCACUUACAGAGGAGAAUAAUGCCCACUUUGCUGAACUGAGUCGACAAUUGGAUGAAUUGCGCCAAGAGAACACUCAGUUACAGGAGGUUCUAAAUAAUGGCCUGGAUGAGCAGAAUGUAGACACAAAAGAUCCAGAUGCUUUGCAGCAAAGCAAUCGCUAUUUGAAAUAUGAGCUUAAGAAGACUUUAUUCCAAUACUCACAGGUUCAGGAAGAAUUGAAUGCAACGCUAAAGAAAUAUGACUCCUUAAAGAAUCGCAGUGAUAAAUUGACAAUGAAACUGCAAGAACAAGGUGUAGUUGAUAGUCAUCGUAGCCCUGCUAAAGAAGACACAAGCUUGGCUAGUAAUCAGAAUUCAAUGGUUUCAGUUGGAAAACAAAAAGCUAAAACUUAUCAAGGUUUAAUGAAGUUUCGCAGUGAAGAUCUGGACAAAAUAUUCCAUCGCUUAGUUAUCGAUAUGAGCACACGUGUUGCUAUUGGUUUGUUGCCCGGAUUUCCAGCAUACGUUCUCUUCAUGUGUAUACGAUAUACCGAUCUCAUCAAUGCCGACGAAGAUGUCCGGGAACUAUUAAGUAAGUUCGUGAAGCAAAUCAAGAAGAUACACCGUAAUCCCAGUGUGACAGAAUAUCGUAUAUUAUGGCUGGUUAAUUCCAUUACACUCUUAAAUCUGCUGAAACAAUAUGGCGAUGUGGAGGAAUAUGUUAAAUUCAAUACGGAAAAACAAAAUCAACAACAACUGAAGAAUUUCAACUUGUAUGAGUAUCGUCGUGUUAUUUUGGAAAUUAUAACCAAACUAUACGAAGCAUUGGUGAAACAAAUUGAAGGUCUUCUAGAAGCUCAUAUUGUAGAGGCCAUCUUAGACAACGAUGAAAUUCAAAGGGGACAUCAAAAGAAUAUUGGAGGGCGCGUGAACCGAGCUGCUUCUUUUGACAAUUCUUCAUCACCUGAACAUGGCAAAAUUGCAGCAUGGAAACAGCUGAUUAGUCAGUUGGAACAUUUUUUCAAACAAUUUUUACAUUUCGGCUUAGAUCGUUGUUACUCUGAACAAAUUUUCAGUCAACUGAUGUACUUUGUAUGUGCUAUAGCCAUGAAUUGUUUGAUGCUGAGAGGCGAUAAAUGCAUGUGGGAAACGGGCAUGAUAAUACGAUACAACUUGGGUCACAUUGAGGAAUGGGUAAAAGAUAAGACAAUGUCGAAAGAUGUGUUGGCACCUCUGGCACCUCUAAAUCAAGUUUCUCAGUUAUUGCAAUCACGAAAAAGCGAAAAAGAUGUUCAAAGUAUUUGUGACUUGUGUACAAAUUUGAACACUGCUCAAGUAUUAAAGAUAAUGAAAUCUUACAAAUUGGAUGAUUAUGAAGGAGAGAUUACUAAUACAUUCCUUGAAAAAUUAACCGAGAAACUUAAUGCUCGUCCAAUGACUAAAAAUGAUGAAUUUACCAUGGACCAGAAGUUUAUUUAUCCAUUUAAAGUGGUUUUCAAAUACAGUGACAUAAAGCUGGAGGACAUUGAAAUACCUAAACAUUUGGGUCUAGAUGAGUUAUUACAAAAAAUCUAAAACAAACAACACAUUUGUUGUUUGCUCAGAUGCAAAACAUAAACGUAAACAUUCCUAAAGCCACCUAUUAGUUAUUUUUCUUUUUAUUAUUAUUAUGUAUUAAUGUAUUUAUAUUUUCAAUGAGCAACGAAAUUUAGGAACAUAGAAUACAUUCCCUAAUAUUUGUUUGUCAGCAAGUUUUAUUUUAUUUAUUUUUUGUUUACCAAUUAUUAUGUAAUAGUGCUUCCAAAAGAUUUUUCGUUAUUAAUUUAAACAUUAUUAUAAUUAUUUAUAAAUGUACUUAAAAUUUUCUUAAAGAAUCGAGUCAAACUCAAACUGAAACAAUAACCAACUAAUAAUAGAUAUUAUAAAAAAUCCUGUUGCCUUUAAAAAAAAAAAUAAUAAUCAUGUAUACCUGUUUCAAAUGUGAAUAUGUGAAAACAAACAAUAUUAUAUUAUAAUAAUUAUACAUACAUACAUACAUAAAUAUGUGGUAGAUUUUAGAACCUUUAAAAAUAUACAAAUAUUUGCAAACAAUGUAUUAUUUAGAUAUAAAAACCUAUGUAUGUAUUCAUUAAUUCAAAGAGACGUUAAACUAUCUUUGAACAAACGAGUAGAAUACAGCAAACUAUAGACGCUUUAUUUGUAUGAAAAAAUAUUUAAAAAAAUCUAAAAACGUGUUAUACCUUAGUAACAAAAAGAAAAAAAAACCAAACAUUCCUAUUUUACACUUGCCCUAUGGUUGUUGAUAUUAUUUUUUUGCUCCAUUCCAAUAUUAGUCAGAUUUACAAAUUAUUAAGACAUUUUUAGUACAGGAACGCUUCUCUGUAAACUAUAACCUGAAAAUCUGACUCGUCCUGAUUGCCAUUUAUAAUUUUUCUUUCUAUAAAAUAAAAUAUUUGUAUUUUUUUCUAUUUAAAUAUUAACAUACAUUGUUAUUUAAUUAAUAAUAGUUAUUUAUAUUGCAAAACAUCAACAAUAAAUACACAUGUACUAGGCAACUAUAAACAUAUAAAAUGCAUAGAAAUACAUAUAAGUACACACACGUAGAAUUAAAUUACAUAUUUAUUUAAAUAUACAAUACAUAUACGCAUUUUGCAAGUAUUUUUGAAGAUCUUUUUCGAAAUGCAUAUAAUAAUGGUGUAAUUGAAUAGAAAAUAUGAAUGGAUGUUAAAAGCAUAGAAUAAAACAUACAUAGAAGUAUUACUGAGAGUAAAAAAAAAAAUAAAACAAAAAACUCAAUUCAUGCAUCAGCAGUCAACAUAUAUCAAUAACUGUAUUUUAUUGUUAUAUCUAUCAUACGAUUUGUGAGAUAAUACAUAUUUUCAAUAUGUUAUAUUGUCACCUUCGCCUCUAUGUAGUUACUCUAUAAACAUUUAUUCAACUAUUUCAAUAUACAUACAUACUUAUAAAAAUUAUUAAAUCUGUAAAUUUAGUUUAUCAAAAGAAAUUUAAUAAAACAAAAUAAAUCAACUCCAUAUAUUUGCAAACAAAAAAUAUAAUAAA